AUGGUAAUGGUGAUGAUGAUGGUGAGAGGAUAUAUUAGAGAAGGAUUCUUGGCUGUGCAAAAUGCGGUGGACAAAGCCAUCAUACACUACCAUGCAAACGACAGUGCACAAAGGCUUUUUAAUAGCGUUGACGUUUAUGCAAAAAGAUUUCCGUUUCCAGCCUUCGUUACUGACAACUUUCUUCCAUUCCUUGGUCAGAUAUGGCCCCCGAUGAUCCUACUUCUCUUCUCUUUAACUGUACUCACAAUACUCCAUACCAUUGUGCAGGAAAAGGAAGCAAAAUUAAAGGAGUACCUUCUCAUGAUGGGACUACAAAGCUGGCAGUUCUGGGGUGCUACUUUUAUUACAUUCUUCCUGACGCUCUUGGUUACCAUCAGUUUAAUGACUCUUUGUUUUUGUUUGAUUGUAAAACUGCCGAUCAUCCUCCACAGUAACCCGACAUUGGUGUUUUCCUUUCUGUUGCUUUACGGCAUCACGACUAUCCUCUUUGCCUUCAUGCUGACUACCUUCUUCAGUAAAGCAAACACAGCUAUUGCCAUUGGAGGUUUCAUCUAUUUUGUGUCGUAUCUCCCAUAUCUCGUCAUUAGUCGUCACUAUGUUCGGAUGACUUUUCAAAGGAAACAGUUUUCCUGUCUCUUGCCAAAUGUUGCCAUGACAUUUGGGAUCAAUCUUCUAAUUAAAUUUGAAAGUAUAGAGGUCGGAAUUCAAUGGCGAAACCUGAAAAAGCCAUUCGGCCUUAAUGAUAACUUUGCUUUUGGCCAUGUGAUGGUGAUGCUGUUGCUUGAUGCCCUUUUAUAUGCUGUGAUAAUCUGGUAUGUGGAGACUGUUUUUCCAGGAGAUUAUGGUGUACCUCAACCUUGGUACUUUUUCACAAAGUUUUCCUACUGGAAUGAGCAUCCAAAAUGCAUUUUGAACAGGAGAAAGAAACAUUUAGGUGUUGAGAAAUGUGAUGAUGAAUUCUUUGAAUGUGAACCUGAAAACUUGUUGGCUAGUAUCCAGAUAAAAAAUUUAUCCAAGACAUUUGAGGUGAGGAAUACUUUCAAAGAAGCAGUGAGAGACCUGACUUUGAAUUUGUAUGAGGGACAAAUCACUGCUUUGCUGGGACAUAAUGGAGCAGGAAAGACCACUAUCCUGUCUAUGCUCUUAGGUCUAUUUCCCCCUACAAGUGGAAAAGCAUAUAUUUGUGGAUUUGAUAUCUCAAAAGAUAUGUUUCAUAUCCGGAAGAGCCUGGGUUUGUGUCCCCAGAAUGAUCUUCUGUUUGAUUACUUUACAGUAUAUGAACACCUUUUCUUCUUUGCUAUGCUGAAAGGAUUGCCUUGGGAUAUUUGUCAAAAUGAAAUUAAUAAUAUCUUGGAUCUUCUUGAAUUGCAAGAUAAACGGCAUUCAUUUUCUCACUUCCUGAGUGGAGGGAUGAGGCGCCAGCUUUCUGUCGGUAUUGCCCUUGUAGGGAAUUCUAAGGUGGUGAUGCUAGAUGAGCCAACCUCGGGCAUGGACCCAGUUUCAAGGAGAGCCACCUGGAAUCUCCUUCAGCAGCAAAAACAUGGCCGCACCAUCCUGCUCACCACUCAUUAUAUGGACGAAGCAGAUCUCCUGGGUGAUCGCAUUGCCAUCCUGGCCAAGGGGAACUUGCAGUGCUGUGGCUCUUCACUGUUCCUCAAACAGAAAUACGGCACAGGAUACCAUCUGGUCAUGGUGAAAGAGCCUCACUGUAAAGCUGCAGAGGUUGCCAGUCUUGUAAAUACUUAUGUACCAACUGCCAGUUUGGAGAGCAAUGUUGGAGCCCAGUUAUCGUUCAUCCUACCCACAGAGUUUCAAAACAAGGUCACCAAAUUGGCAGACUCCACGAUGGAUCUCCAGGCCAUUCAGCUCAUCUCCAAACAUGAUCCUAAAGGAAUUCAGCCAUGCCUCACAACUCUGGAUGAUAAGCCAAAGGGUGACUUCUUGAUGCCAGAGAAUCUGCCUGAUAUCCGGUUUAAUACUGGGAUUGUUCUUUGCAUCCAGCAAUUCUAUGCCUUGCUGAUGAAAAGGGCCUUGUAUACUUUUCGUCAUUGGAAGACAGUGUUAUUGCAGAUUUUGAUACUACUGUUUUUCACUGCCUCCCUCUUGAAAGCCAUCUUCUACUAUUCAGAAGUGAAGAAUGCCACCAUUUUGGGAAUGGAUUUGCACCAAUAUGGUCAAUCUAUUGUGCCUUAUUCUAUCAAUGUGAAAACUGAGUUGGCUGUUUGGUUUAGAGACCACUUAAACCUUAUACUAACAAAUGAGAAACAACUGCCUCACCCAGUGACAGGUAACUUAGAAGAGUUCCUACUGAAAAGUAGAAGCUGUAGGGAACAAUGUAUUGUUGCUGUUUCCCUUGAUGUCCAAAAAAGCAAAAUGAUCAUCACUGCUCUGUUUAACAACCAGGCAUACCAUGCUGCUCCAACAGCCCUAAAUUUGGUCAACAAUAUUCUGUUCAAGUUACUCUCUGGCCCCGGUGCUGGUAUCUCUGUCUUUAACAAGCCUCAACCUCAAACUGCCAAGCAAGCAAUCAAGGCACAAUUCCAUGAGGGCAGUAAAGGACAUGCUGUUGCCUUCAGUUUGUUCUUUGGCAUAGCCUUCAUGGUUAGUAGCUUUUCUCUCCUGACAGUGAGUGAGAGAGUCUGCAAGGCAAAGCAUAUGCAGUUUAUGAGUGGAGCACAUGUUGGCAUUUUCUGGCUUUCUGCUUUAUUUUGGGACAUCAUCGUCUUCUUCGUGUCUUCCUCCCUGCUUGUGGUAGUCUUCUAUCUCUGUAAUGUGAAAGCAUUCUUUGAAGACAACCACUAUGCGGAUGCAUUGCUGAUCUUAAUGCUGUUCGGCUGGUCUACCAUCCCUUUGAUAUACCUGAUGAGCUUCUUGUUUUCCAGUAGUGCUGCUGCCUACACCAGACUGCUGGCAUUCAGCUUCCUUACAGGCGUUUCCAGCUUUCUCUUGGUCUACACAAUCGAUACUAAUAUGAUGGAUUUGGGAAUAUUCAACAAAAUACUGGUCAGUAUAUUCUUUCUGUUUCCCACUCACAACCUGGGCAAGUCCAUCAGUGGAUUUUAUGACAACUUCCGGACCCAGAGAUAUUGCACCAACAGUUCUUUUGAAGACUCUUUUGAGAGGCAGAAAGAUAUGCUAGGAUUGAACAGUCUCCUAUUAGAAAUUGAUUUAAGAAAGAGUCUCAACAGCAGGUUAAAAAGUCAACUGGAUGAGAUUCAUCAACGAAUCAGCUACUGCCCCCAUUGUGACCCUUUGCUGGAACACUUGACAGGGUAUGAGAUGCUGGCCUUGCAUGCUCGCCUGUGGGGAGUUCCUGAGCACUAUAUCCCUGCUUAUGUUAAAAACAUACUAAGUACACUCUUUCUGGGUGCCUUUGCAGAUAAACUCAUCAAGAACAUCAGUAUGGAAGAAUCUGAGGCUUUAUGUACAAGACUGGCCAUUAUGGUAAAUGGGAAGUUCAAGUGCCUAGGCAAUCCACAAUAUCUCAAGAACAAGUUUGGAAGUGGAUACACCCUACUGGCCAAAAUAAAAAAAAAUAUGCCACUAGUACAACUGCAAGCAUUAAAGACCUUCAUCGAAACAACCUUUCCAGACAGUUCUCUAAAGCAUGAGUACCAAAGGAUGGUCCAGUACAACAUACCCAGCAAAGACCUUACCUGGGGACAGGUAUUUGGUACCUUGGAGUCAAUCAAAGAUAAAUAUGAAUUAGAAGAUUAUUCCAUUAGUCAUAAUACACUGGAACAAGUAUUCCUGAGCUUUGCCCAAACUCAGAUUCAAGAAGAACACAGUUAUACAGAUAACUGA